AUGCAAGUCUUUGUGUUCGGACAAAGCGCACGCCGUUUCACUAUGGACGUGUUCGCCUGUGAAGUGAUGCAAGGUUUCUUCCGACGUUCUAUCCAGCAAAAAAUCCAGUAUCGUCCAUGUACGCGAAGUCAGGAAUGUCUGAUUGUUCGAAACAAUCGAAAUCGAUGUCAGUAUUGUCGGUUGAAGAAGUGCAUCAUGGUCGGCAUGUCUAGAGACGGGCUAAAGAAGCACGGACGAAUUCUCAGAUGUCAUGAUAAAGGUGGGAAUAGGGUUCUAGCCGACCAUUUGGACGGAACUGGGUAG